AGCUACAGAAAGAUAGAUUUUAAGUGCUUAUAAGUAGUAAGCAUAAGGAUCAAAACUGAUUACUAAGAAAUAAAAGUAAACUACAUGUAAAAGUAAAAUAGACAAUACAAACAGGUCACAGACCUUCCAUACAUAGGCUGAAAAUUCCCUUCAGCCUGGGACCACAUCCCCAGUUCAGUCUUUGCUCUCCAGAUGUGCUUCCAGGUGUUGAGUUGUAGGGGGCAUGAGGCCAAGUGAUGAUGUCACUUUCUCCUUUUUUAGGUUCCUCCAGCUUGCUGGAAAGAUCUUUUGCUGUGACGUGAGUUAAACAGUGUCCAUUGUUUGCAUGCUCCCUCUGAGAAAUCUUCAUUGUACACAGAUCCUGAGAUAGUCCUUAGUAGUGGGGUUACCCUUAAUGAGCCAUCAACACUGUCCGGCUUUUUCAUUGUUGUAACUGAAAGGCUGGUUGUGUGUGUGUAAUGCUGACAGACCCCAGUCACUGGUGGACAGGAUUGAACCAGGGAACUCUAGAACCUAGUGCAUGAGUCUCUAGGUUAAAAGCCAAUGGGCUCUUAGCUGAGGCUGUAGAGCAGAUUCAAUUUAUCUCUAAGUGGUCUUGGUGCCACUAGAUGGGACAGAAGGUGUGUGGGUUACAUACUUCCCCUAGCUGAGAAAGCACAUCCCAAGCUUCAGAGACUUACUUCCUAGCUGAAAUGCCGGACGAGCUCCCACUUGUAAUACUGAUAGACCCCGGUUGUUGUCAGGCGGGAUUGAACCUGGGACCUCUAGAUCUUAGUGCACGAGCCUCUCUUGCGUGAGCUAAAAGCCAACUGACUCUUAGAUAAGGCUAUAAAGCAGACUCAUUUUAUCUCUCUCUCUAAGUGGUCUGGGUGCCAUUAGAUGGGACAGAACACCACACCCAGAAGGUGUGUGGGUUACACGUGUUUCCAACCUUACAACAUAUCCCAGAACAAUACACAUAGCAAAACUUCAUAACUUCACAUACAAUAAUAGCACAUACAAAUUAACAGGAUAUUAAUGUUCAAUAGAUUAAGACUUUUAAAAUGAUACUUUGCAAAGCAUACUUUGUACAAAACAUAUCAUAAUCAUACCACCAUAGUAAAUAUGUGAGUGCCAGGGUGUUGGUUUCGGGUACGGAGUGUCACACCCUCCCAGAGCCAGGAAUAGGAUCCAAUAAUCUUGAUCCUCAACUCUUCACUGUUGUCUAGAAAAUGUGUAACCCAUUGGCAAAAACAUUUAACAGCCUCUUCUAGUAACUUUUCACAUAGAAGAUAGCUAUCCAGUUUUGCCACUUGUUAGUUCUUUAGCUGAGUAGUAAAGGACUAUGCUUUCGAUCUAAAAGUCCUGGAUCCAAAUCCAGCUGGAAUUUCUCUUUUUUAAAUUUUCGUUAAAAAACAAAACAAUAAAUGUUAUACAGCACCCUCAACACAUCCUCCCCCAUCCCUGCCACAGACACACAAAAUGAAGUAUUCAGAAAGUUAGGAAAAGCAGAAUUAAUUUUGCCCAUGCCCCUACAGGAGUUGUUGCUGAAUGUGCAAUUCAUGUACUAGAAAUGAAGUAAAGCUAGCAAUGCUAGGGUGCAGUGCUUGUGAAAAUUUUACAUACUGCAUUUUGAUUUUUAUGUGUAAUUUUAGAGGAUUUCUUUAAUCAUCUGAUAGUCUCAAGUGACAAGAUUUAAGAUUUUGAGCUGUUGAUGGUUGGUUAACCCUUAAAGCCUCUGUGAAACCAGUCUUGUCUCAUCACUGAAGCCUUUACACAUGAGACUGAAAACUGGACAGGGUAAAUACAUUUUCUAAAGUUUUUGGUAAAGUAAGCAUUUGUUAUAUUUACUAAUAAUGCUUUUUUCAUUUUAAAUUAAUGCUGUAUGUGCAGAAGGGUUUUCUGGUUUUUUUGUUUUGUAUUUUUUAGGGCUGCCAAUUAAUCACUCUGUCUGCGUGUGUGUGUGUGUCCAUCAGGUGAAAGUAACUGAAGGGACUUACCAGUACCCAGUGCUGUGGUGCUAGGACGCAGGGCCUCAACCAGAAGAGGAGGGGCCCUUAAAUCCCUGGGCCCUUUAAAUCAAGGUGUAAAGGGCCCGGGGCUCUGGCUGCAGUAGCGGCUGAUGGGAGCCCCAGGCACUUUAAAUCACUGCCGAUCCCCAUGGCAGCUGUAGUUGCAACGGUCGCCAGGAGCCCCAGGGCUUGGGUGCCAAUUUAAAGGGCCUGAGGCCGGGAGCCCCCCGUCCUUUAAAUCACUGCCUGAUCCCAAUCGCCGCCGACACCCCGGGGCUCCGGCCACAGGACUCUGACAGCGAUUUAAAGGGCCUGGAGGUCCAGUUGGUGCCCGGAGCCCAGGGCUCUUUUAAAUUGCCGGCCUGGGGUAACUGCCCCCCUGCUGGUAUGGUCGGCUGUGUACCGGCUCUUGCACCACACCGUACCGACUUACUGUCCCCUCGAGUGUGUCCCCGUAACGCUGUGCGCUCCGGGGUGUGCGUCUCCUCAGCACGCUGCACGGAGCGCAGCUCCUGGGAGAUGGGUUGUGCAAGGGCGGUUUUCAAGAUUUUGCAUCAUCUCUGACGUAACACAGCACUGAGCAGCAGCUCAUCACUGGACUCCGCCCCCCAGCACAGGGCAGCCGGAAAACUCCUGCUUCUGACUCUGUUCUCGCCGCCCCCCGGCCCGGCCCUUUCGGACAGCCCCAGACGCGAGUCUCUCUUUGCCUAGGGAGGGGGCCUAGUGCGCAGGCGCUGUCCGCCGGGCCGGAAGCGGUUUGAACUGCGGCGGGAGACGCGGAGCUGAUCCGGUUGUAGCGUAGCACUGAGCGCGGCCGGCCCCGAGCGUGCAACAUGGACCGUAUCCUGGAAGGUGUUUCAGCAUAUGUAGAAGUUUGGUCAUCCAACAGAACAGAGAACUAUUCAAAAACAUUUGCACAACAACUUCUGGAUAUGGGAGCAAAAGUUUCAAAAACUUUUAACAAGCAAGUGACUCAUAUAGUCUUCAAAGAAGGACAUUUGGCUACAUGGAGAAAGGCACAGAAGACUGGAGUAAAACUAGUUUCUGUACUCUGGGUGGAAAAAUGCAGAGAAGCUGGUACCCAUGUCGAUGAAUCAUUAUUUCCUGCAAUAUAUACUAAUGAAGGGUUACCCCUUCUAAUUAAAAAACACAAAUGCAUGCAGCCCAAAGACUUUGUUGAAAAAACACCAGAAAAUGAUAAAAGACUACAAAAAAAAUUGGACCUGAUGGCUAAAGAACUAGAUAUACAAAAAACAGCAACCGAAACUGAUAUACCUGUUUUAUUAUUUGAGGAUGAUGGUUCACUUGCAUAUAGCCCUACAAAUAAGAUAAAAGAUCAGUGCAGUGCAAUGGAAAAGAGAAUAAAGGACAUGAAGGAGAAAAGAGAAAAUCUUUCCCCCACUGCUUCACAAAUGUCUCAGAUAUCUACAAUUAAUUCAACACAGCCUGGAUAUAGAGAGCCUCUUGGUGUCACCGGUUCUGCAAGUGCAUUGCUGCCAGAAGAGCACAUCAGUGAAUCUUUAAACUUGAGUUUUGAUGACAUUUGGGGAAACUGUAAAUACAAAAAUCAGAAACCAGCAUCAGCUGAAAGUGAUAUUUAUGUUUCAACACCUGCAUCAGAGUAUUCUCUGUUUUCCAGCAGUGAUCAAGCGAACUUAACUCCAAAAUCAUCUAACAGAAAACAUUUAAACAAAAACAUAAUUUUGCAAUGCUCUCUAGAAGGUGAACUAUUUGCUAAAAAGAGAAAAUCUGAAGUCUCCCCUAACCUAAAUCAAAGUGGUAAAGAUACUCUGACUCCUGCGUCAGUAUCAACCAAAAGUUCUUUUCUCCAAGAAAAAUGCUUGAGUCACAUCACUCUUUCUCAGAAAAUGGUCCAGUUGGAAGCUGCUGCAGUUACCACAGGUAAUCAGUCUGAUUCAUUAGUGAGCAGUGAAGAUUCUAUUAAUAUGCAUUUGGUUGACAUAAAUAUUCCUGUUGACGCAAGGGAUUGUAGUGUCAGAUACAAAAUAAGGGGGAAACCAAAAAGAGAAAAAUAUAAUAUGAAAUUGACCACCUCGUCAUGUAAGGUAGGGUCUGAAAAUGAGUUUCUUCUGGCGAUGACCACUUGUAACAAGUCGUCGGACAUAGAGGAAACUUCAUAUGACGACUUUUUUUCACCUUCUAAUUUGAAGAAAAGUGAAAUGCAAGUAAGACACUUUCCUUUGCAAGUUCAGCAGAAAUCACUAAGUGCUCCUGAAGUGAGUUGCAAAAGAGACUUUUUAAGCCAUAAACAAGAUAGAUUGUUUGAAGGGUCAGAUAAACCGUGCACUACUCUUAUCAAAAAAAGGAAAAGAACUGUUAAGACAAGUGAUGUUUCAACAGAGAGUGACUACAAGCUAACUGAAUGUUCAGAAAGUACAAUAAGUGGGACCUUAAACUGCAUGUCAGGUAGAGGAAACACUGAGACUGCAGAAGCCCUGGGUUCUAGCCCUCUGAAUAAACUGCAUCAAAAUAUUCAGAAAAUAUCCUGCAGAACAAGCGUGAAUAGCUGCCCUCAAGCUACUGGUAAGUUGGUCUAUUCAACUGAAAAUUCAAAGAUGCAGCAUCAUGAUUCAUUAAAAAUGCUUGAGCAACUAAAUUCUAAAAUGGACUGCCAUGUUGAAGGAAAACCAUGUCUUUCAAAAACUAGACUACCAGAAGAAAAUACUGUAUUGAUGGCACCAGAUUCUUUAAAAAGUGACAAAAUGAGUGCAGUGAAGCCAAAAGAACACCCACUUACUUUUCCAGACUCUACAAAUACAGAAAAAUCAACAGGAGAAAAGAAGGAAAUCCUGCUCAAAAAAUGCAGUCCAAGUAUUGAAAAUGAAAUUUCAGUAUGUGAGGCUAGCGAUGGCUCUUGUGAAGUUUUUAAUGAAAACAAGAAUAAGCCCAGUGGGGCAUCAAAGAAAACUGGGAGAAUCAAAAAGCCAACAAGAACAUUAGUCAUGACAAGCAUGUCCUCUGAGAAGCAGUGUGCAAUAAUUCAGGUGGUGAAUAAACUGGGAGGCUUUUUGUUUUCGGAUGAUGUAUGUGAAACAACUACUCACGUGGUUACAGGGAGUCCUCGUCGCACCUUGAAUGUAAUGCUGGGAAUUGCCCGGGGCUGCUGGAUUGUGUGUUAUGAAUGGGUACUGUGGUCUUUGGAAUGUGGACAUUGGAUUUCAGAGGAACCAUAUGAACUGUCAGCCAAUUUCCCUGCAGCUCCUAUCUGCAGACUUCAACGCCACCUGUCAUCAGGAAAAUAUCAGCAGGACCUCUUUUCAAGUCAGCCUGUAAUGUUUAUAUCUCUUGCCAGUCAACCGCCAUGUGACAAGCUAAGUGAACUUGUACAGUUGUGUGGAGGAAAAAUAUGUAAAACCCUGCGUCAGGCCAAAAUCUAUAUUGGAGAAUAUUUGGGAAAGAAGCAACCUGAAAUAAAAUAUUUAUCAGAAAAAUGGUUACUAGAUUCAGUCACUCAGCAUAGGAUAUGUCCUCUGGAAAACUACAUGUUCCAGCAGUGAGUGAACUCAAAACACUUCUUAUGGUUGUGAGGAAAUUAGUAAAGGUGUCCCGUUUUCGAUUAAAUAAGAAGCUGAACCAACAGUGAAUACAAGAUUUUACAAAGAGACAGUAAUGGAUUUUUAAAUACAGCCAAAAGUUUGGUAUAGUGUGGUGAGUCUUAUCUAAA